AAAGCAACAACGGCGUCUGUCGCAGGAAGUUAUCAGCUAAUAACGCCGUUUAACGCAAACACUAAGAUGAUGAUUAACAACCUCAGCACUAAUCUCCCCGGCGCUAAAUUCUCUUACAUCGACGUUCGUAACUUGUUCCAGGAUCUUCUUGCUAAUGCCAGAUCAUAUGGAUUCAGCGUAGUGAACCGGGGAUGCUGUGGGAUUGGGAGAAACAGAGGGCAGAUAACUUGUCUACCGUUUCAAGUGCCGUGUCCCGAUAGGAACCGGUAUAUAUUCUGGGAUGCGUUUCACCCGACCGAAGCUGUUAACGUCUUGUUUGGACGGAGGGCUUUUAGUGGUAACAAGGAUGAGGUUUAUCCCUUCAAUGUACAAGAACUUGCUAGUCUUUGAUCUCACAUCCAAACAUGGCCUUAUUUGUAGUUUGUGAAGGGAAGUUAUGAUGAGUUGUAGGAGAAUUUAUCCAGCAAAUGUUGAUUUUUCUGCUGUUUUAGAACAAGUUUGAUUUGUCAUUCUAUUAUAAUUUUGAACCUUGUCUUAUUUUGUAGCUUAUAAACAACUUAAAUUAUAUUUA